GUCUAGGCUAUGGAUUCUGGGGAUCCCUUCGACUUUUUGGCAGCCGGAUGGCCUCUGGCUCCGGGGUUGUGUCCUUCGUGUGGGCAGCCGUAGGGCGUCGUUUCCCAACCGACGGAGUCGGCCUUUUGCUUGCCUUUGGAGCUGGGGUUAAGCCCAGCUUGUCUUUGGCAGCAGCCAAUCCUGGAUUCCGGACGUUUCUCUUGCAUUCCUAGCGUGUUUCAGGCAGUCCCAAAGGGUCAGGCCUGUUUCUGUGCCUGUCACUCGCUCUAUCUUAGGUUUCUUAGCACCAGUCAGUUCCCGAGACUUAGAUGUUCUUUUUGGGCAAACAGCCCAGAUCCUUCCAGCCGUGGUGAUUGAUUCCUCGUCUUCGUUUGGGCUUUGGUCCCAUUUCUGUGCACCCGUCUGCCUGUCGACCACUUUGCCUCUACUCUUCUUUCCUAAUCUGGGAUGGGCUGUGUUUUGGAAGUUUGGUUCCAAUGACAGCCAUCCCUUGCUAUAACUUUUAAACUGUAUUUGGAAAAACACUGGCCAGGAAAAAAAUGAUAAAAUUUUUCCUUAUGGUGAAUAAACAAGGCCAGACCCGACUUUCUAAGUACUAUGAGCAUGUGGAGAUUAAUAAGCGAACACUUCUGGAAACAGAAGUCAUAAAGAGUUGUCUCUCUCGAUCCAAUGAACAGUGCUCUUUUAUUGAAUAUAAGGAUUUUAAGCUGAUAUAUCGGCAAUAUGCAGCUCUCUUCAUUGUGGUUGGAGUUAAUGACACUGAGAAUGAGAUGGCUAUUUAUGAAUUCAUCCACAAUUUUGUGGAAGUUUUAGACGAGUACUUCAGCCGAGUGAGUGAACUAGAUAUAAUGUUUAAUUUGGAUAAAGUACACAUCAUUUUGGACGAGAUGGUGUUAAAUGGCUGCAUUGUGGAAACUAAUCGGGCAAGAAUUCUUGCCCCUCUACAAAUUCUUGAUAAGAUGUCAGAAAGCUGAAGAGAAGGCUCUGCCAGAUAGCAUCAAUUCAUAGGAAAUGUGAAGACCAUUUGAAAAGAAUAUGGAAGACUACCUAUUACGAAAUGGGGUACCCUUCCAAACAAUAUAAAUAGGUAUUUCCCACAGUUCCUAAAUGGAAAAUAAAGCUAUUUUAAAACAUGUACAAAGAAAAAUCUUCUCUUAACUGAGGCAAGUUUUAUUUUCAGUAACUGUAAGUAUAUUUUUUUUCCCACUUCUUCAAAUUUUAUUGAGUACCUAAGAAAUCCUCUUUGGUCUCUGCUUCCCUUUGCAAAUUAAAUUCAGGAAUAGUAGGAUGGUGGUAAGAAGAAUGUGUGGCAGUUGUCUAUUAGCCAAUAAAAUUUGUAAGUUGACUUAAA